GUUCUAUGAAAGAAAUGGCGAAUAAUUUAAUAAUAAGGGCUUUAAGCGCAAACGCAAAAUCUUUCAGUCUAAGUUCGAGAAAGAUUUCAGACUUGCCUAAAUCAAUUGCACGCUUAAAAUGCAUUUUGGCACUACAUUUAAACAACAACCUUCUUUCAGUUUUACCAACAGAACUGAAGUCACUACAACGGUUGACAGAGCUAAACUUGGGAAAUAACAUUCUUUUGGAGAUUCCAGUGGUUCUGAAGCACCUGCAUGCAUUAAGAAAGCUGUAUUUGUUCGGAAACAAGAUCGAACGUUUACCACCAGAUAUUUUCGUUGUCUUGACAAGUGAAAACAUUAUGAAGAGUGAACUCUACAGGGAAUAUCAACUGUCCUCUACAGAAGAACUACCAAACCUUACACUUCUCAAUGUGAACCAUAAUAAAAUCAAAGUCAUACCUCCACAGAUAAAAAGCCUUGUGAAUCUGGAGGUUUUCAGUAUCAUGGAUAACCUGCUAGAGUGUGUCCCUGCUGAGCUAUGUUGUCUUGUCCAACUAACUGAAAUCAAUCUGAACAACAACAAAGUGUCCUCCUUGCCACCAGUGUUGGGCAGACUGUCUAAUCUGAGGAAACUGUACUUGGCAAGAAACAACCUGUAUGAACUGCCAGAGGGCAUUAGUGGCUGCAAAAGUCUCAGAAUACUGGAUGUUGCUGGAAACCUUCUGACCAUGUUUCCUACUGAUUUUGGUUUCCUUGCCCUGGAGGAGCUGCUUUGUGAGGGCAAUAGUCUUGUCCAUGCAGAACUAAUGACGUCUGUUCAGGAGAUAGAGGUUUUGUCAUUAAAGGAGCUGGCUGCACGGGAGGUGCUGAUGGAGAAGAGGAACCAGUGUUCGGUGGUUCACCGGACACUACCCCUCUACCCUGAACUGGUCAGCAUGCUGUCUCAGUGGGGAUGGUGUGCCGUCUGCCACAAGCCCUUCCUCACCACCUGGUUGGAGUGUGUCCAGUUUGUCAACCUCAAAAUAGACAUGGGCAUGAAGAGGAACUUGACUGUGCCAGUUCGAGCGGUCCUGUGUUCCUACACCUGCUUCAAUGAGAAAGGCCACUCAUACUAUGGAAUUGCAUCAACAGUUUAAAGUGAAUUAAAAUCCUAUUUAAUUUGC